CUGGCAACCAAGCAUCAAGGGAGCCAGCCAGGUUAACCUGCGACAAACACAAAAACAACUCGAAGCCGACAGCUGCUCCUAUCACCAGCCUCAGACACAGCCCGCCAAUUGCGCAUUACUAUUAGCACUUGGGCCGACAUCGCAGCCGUUCAAUUGACAGCCGCAGUAGUCAUAAACGCGCAUCCGCCUGCACCUCCAGACAGGCAACCAAGCGCUGGCGCCGCCUAAAAGUUGCCCCCUAACAAACGGCACGCCAGUCACUGCAGCCCAGCUUCGAGACAGUUCUGCCAGGUACUCCCUUUUGGCGUGCCACCCCGCCCACACAGUUUCCCAGCCCGCCCCCACCACAACCACCACACAAGCUUUGCUCGCAAGAGACAAGUCAGCGCCGGUCUCGUUACUGUGACUCAGGUGCUUUCUUUUCCCUUGACAACAACCAAGCGAUAUAUGAAGCCAAUCCGAUUCCCUGCGCCUGCAUCCUCUCCUCUCCGAUAUACUCGCACUGCUCUACAUUUCCGAUUUCCACAGCGUACGCCUGCCUGGCAUCGAACGUUUUUCGUCUCUCGACCCCUCCUCGCUUUUCAAACCCCUCCAAAAUCGAAAAAGCCAGCAGCCAUGACUUCGACCGCUACCACGCUCAAGGGUCAGCCCUUGGAGAAGCCUAUUCUCGAAUCCAUGUUGAGACGGCGCAUGUUUUACACUCCUUCGUUUGAGAUUUACGGUGGCGUUGGUGGUCUCUACGACUACGGCCCUCCUGGCUGCGCUCUCCAGGCCAACAUUGUUGACACUUGGCGUAAGCACUUCAUCCUCGAGGAGGAUAUGCUCGAGGUUGACUGCACUGUCUUGACUCCUCACGAAGUCCUCAAGACCUCUGGCCACGUGGAGAAGUUUGCCGAUUGGAUGUGCAAGGAUCCCAAGAACGGCGACAUCAUGCGUGCCGACCACUUCGUCGAGGCUGUCCUCGAGGCCAGACUCAAGGGCGACAAGGAGGCCCGUGGCCAAAAGGUCGAAGAGAAGGAGCAGGAUCCCAAGAAGAAGAAGAAGAAGAGCGCCAAGUCUGAGGCUGUCAAGCUCGACGAUGCUGUCGUGCAAGAGUACGAAGAGGUCCUCGCCAAGAUUGACAACUACGACGGCCCUGCCCUCGGCGAGCUCAUCAAGAAGUACGACCUCAAGAACCCCGAGACUGAUGUCCUUCCCACCGAGCCCGUCGCCUUCAACCUCAUGUUCCAGACAUCCAUCGGCCCAAGCAGCAACCUUGCCGGCUACCUCCGCCCCGAGACCGCCCAGGGCCAGUUCCUGAACUUUGCCAAGCUUCUCGAGUUCAACCAAUCCGGCAUGCCUUUCGCCUCUGCCUCCAUUGGCAAGUCCUACAGAAACGAAAUCUCUCCCCGUGCUGGUCUCUUGCGUGUGCGAGAGUUCCUCAUGGCCGAGAUUGAGCACUUUGUGGACCCUGAUGGUGGCAAGAAGCACCCGCGCUUCCAGGAGGUUGAGCACAUUGAGCUCGUCCUCCUCGACAAGGACACUCAGCUCUCUGGCAAGACCACCACAAGAAAGCUCACUAUUGGCGAGGCUGUCAAGACUGGCCUCGUUGACAACGAGACUCUCGGCUACUUCCUUGCCCGUAUCCACCUCUUUUUGGAGAAGAUUGGUGUUGACAUGUCCAAGAUGCGCUUCCGUCAGCACAUGGCCAACGAAAUGGCUCACUACGCCUGCGACUGCUGGGAUGCUGAGCUCUUCACCAGCUCUGGCUGGGUUGAGUGUGUUGGUUGCGCUGACCGUAGCGCUUACGAUCUGACUGUCCACGCUAACAAGACUGGUGCUCCUCUCGUUGUCCGUGAAAGCCUUGCUGAACCUCUUGUUAUUGAGGAGUGGCAGGUUAUCAUUGACAAGAAGAAGUUUGGUCCCCUCUUCAAGAAGGAUGCCAAGCUUGUUGAGACCGCUCUCCUUGCCAACAACCAGGAGCAGCUUGAGAAGCUUUCCAAGGAGCUCGCUGAUGCUGGCAAGUUCACCCUUGAUGUUGAGGGCAUUGCCAACAACAAGGCUGAGAUCACCCAGGACUCUGUCAAGAUUGAGUUCCGCAAGCGCAUCGAGAACACUCGCGAGUUCACCCCCAACGUUAUCGAGCCUUCCUUUGGUAUCGGCCGUAUUCUCUACUCUCUCAUUGAGCACAACUUCUGGACCCGAGCCAGCGAUGGCGGCGAUGAGUCGCGCGGUGUCCUGUCCUUCCCUCCUCCCAUUGCUCCCACCAAGGUUCUUCUCGUCCCUCUUUCUUCCAACGCCCAGUUCAAGCCUGCUCUCAAGAAGCUGUCCCAGCGUCUCCGCUCCCUCGGCAUCUCCAGCCGUGUGGAUGACUCCUCAGCCAGUAUUGGCAAGCGCUACAGCCGUAACGAUGAACUUGGUACUCCCCUUGGUAUCACGGUUGAUUUCCAGACCCUUCAGGACAACACCCUUACUCUGAGAGACCGUGACUCAACCACCCAGGUCCGUGCCGAUGAGGACAAGAUUGUUGAUGCUAUCAAGGCUCUUGUCGACGGCAGCAAGAAGUGGGCUGAUGUCGAGGCUGAGCUUCCCAAGUUUGAGGGCCAAGAGGUUGAGAUUGCCUCUCGUUAAGCAGCGAAUGUAAACAUGGACAAAAAAAAUCAGUAAAAGUAUAAAAGCGACUCUAUUAAAGCCGUCUAUUAUAUAGAACUGCAAUCAUUAAUAUUAUUUUCAGUUGUGUCGCC